CCGCUUUACAUACGGUCCUUCAUUUCCUCCAUUUAAAGUUCCCGAUGAAGAUGCCAACCUGAUCCCUCCAGAAAUGGACAAUGAGUGUAUUGCACAAACAUGGUUUCGAUUUUUACACAUGCUAAGUAAUCCUGUGGAUUUGAGUAACCCAGCCGUUAUAAGCUCAACCCCCAAGUUUCAGGAACAGUUCUUGAAUGUGAGCGGGAUGCCACAGGAGCUCAGCCAGUAUCCCUGCCUUAAACAUCUGCCUCAGAUAUUCUUCCGUGCCAUGCGUGGAAUCAGCUGUUUGGUGGAUGCAUUCUUAGGCAUUUCUCGACCUCGAUCAGACAGUGCUCCCCCAACACCCGUGAAUAGAUUAAGUAUGCCCCAGAGUGCUGCUGUGAACACCACACCACCACAUAACCGGAGGCACCGGGCUGUUACUGUGAACAAGGCCACAAUGAAGACAAGUACAGUUACUACUGCUCACACCUCUAAAGUCCAGCACCAGGCAUCCUCCACUUCUCCUCUGUCAAGUCCAAAUCAGACUAGUUCAGAACCCAGGCCUCUGCCUGCCCCUCGAAGACCAAAGGUUAACAGCAUCUUGAAUCUCUUUGGAUCGUGGUUAUUUGACGCAGCAUUUGUUCAUUGUAAACUCCAUAAUGGAAUAAACAGAGACAGCAGCAUGACUGCCAUUGCAACACAAGCUAGCAUGGAGUUUCGACGGAAGGGUUCCCAAAUGUCAACAGACACCAUGGUUUCCAAUCCUGUGUUUGAUGCAAGUGAAUUUCCUGAUAACUAUGAAGCAGGAAGAGCUGAGGCUUGUGGGACAUUAUGUAGAAUUUUUUGUAGCAAGAAGACUGGAGAAGAGAUUCUGCCAGCUUAUUUAUCCAGAUUUUACAUGCUUUUAAUUCAAGGUUUGCAGAUAAAUGAUUAUGUAUGCCAUCCUGUCUUGGCCAGCGUUAUUCUAAACUCCCCUCCUUUGUUCUGCUGUGACUUGAAAGGGAUUGAUGUUGUGGUUCCUUACUUUAUUUCAGCUCUUGAAACCAUUUUGCCUGACAGAGAACUCUCAAAAUUCAAAAGCUAUGUAAAUCCAACAGAAUUGAGAAGAUCAUCCAUUAAUAUCCUGCUUUCUUUGUUGCCCCUCCCUCAUCAUUUUGGCACAGUCAGAUCUGAGGUGGUCCUAGAAGGAAAGUUUAGUAAUGAUGACAGCUCUUCUUAUGAUAGACCUAUAACUUUUCUGUCCCUGAAGCUGAGACUUGUGAAUAUACUAAUAGGUGCCUUGCAAACAGAAACGGACCCUAACAACACCCAAAUGAUACUAGGGGCAAUGUUAAAUAUUGUUCAAGAUUCUGCACUUUUAGAAGCCCUUGGUUGCCAAAUGGAAAUGGGUGGUGGAGAAAACAACCUGAAGAGUCACAGUCGCACCAACAGCGGCAUUAGUUCAGCAAGUGGAGGAAGCACAGAGCCUACAACCCCUGAUAGCGAGAGACCUGCUCAAGCUCUCCUGAGGGAUUAUGCUCUUAAUACAGAUUCAGCUGCUGGGCUCCUGAUUCGCAGCAUUCAUCUCGUCACUCAGCGACUCAACUCCCAGUGGCGGCAAGAUAUGAGUAUAUCCUUGGCAGCUCUAGAGCUCCUCUCUGGCCUGGCAAAGGUGAAGGUGAUGGUUGACUUGGGAGACCGGAAGCGUGCCAUCAGUUCUGUGUGCAGUUAUAUCGUAUACCAGUGCAGUCGGCCAGCUCCUCUUCACUCCCGGGAUCUGCACUCCAUGAUAGUGGCAGCAUUUCAGUGUCUCUGUGUCUGGCUGACAGAGCACCCUGAUAUGCUGGAUGAAAAGGAUUGCCUUAAGGAAGUCCUAGAGAUUGUAGAACUGGGUAUCUCAGGAAGCAAAUCCAAGAACAGCGAGCAAGAAGUCAAGUACAAAGGCGACAAGGAGCCGAACCCUGCGUCCAUGAGGGUAAAGGACGCCGCAGAAGCCACGUUAACAUGUAUCAUGCAGUUGCUUGGCGCAUUUCCUUCCCCCAGCGGUCCUGCCUCUCCUUGUAGCCUGGUGAAUGAGACCACUCUGAUCAAAUACUCCAGGCUGCCAACCAUAAACAAGCAUAGUUUCCGGUACUUUGUUUUGGAUAACAGUGUCAUCCUGGCAAUGCUGGAGCAGCCGCUUGGAAACGAGCAGAAUGACUUUUUCCCCUCUGUCACUGUGCUGGUCCGGGGAAUGUCUGGAAGACUCGCGUGGGCUCAGCAGCUUUGCCUUUUACCCAGAGGAGCAAAAGCAAACCAGAAGCUCUUUGUGCCUGAACCUCGCCCAGUUCCUAAAAAUGAUGUUGGAUUUAAAUAUUCUGUGAAACAUCGGCCAUUUCCUGAAGAGGUGGACAAGAUCCCUUUUGUAAAAGCAGACUUGAGCAUUCCAGAUUUACAUGAAAUUGUCACUGAAGAAUUAGAAGAGAGGCAUGAAAAGUUAAGAAGUGGUAUGGCACAACAGAUCGCUUACGAGAUGCACCUGGAACAGCAGAGCGAGGGAGAAUUGCAGAAGCGAAGCUUCCCUGACCCUGUUACGGACUGUAAGCCCCCACCUCCUGCCCAGGAAUUCCAGACAGCCCGCCUUUUCCUUUCUCACUUUGGAUUUUUGUCCUUAGAGGCAUUGAAGGAACCUGCAAAUAGUCGUCUACCUCCUCACCUUAUUGCACUCGAUUCUACCAUACCUGGGUUUUUUGAUGACAUUGGGUAUCUGGAUCUCUUGCCAUGCCGGCCUUUUGACACAGUUUUUAUUUUCUAUAUGAAACCAGGUCAGAAAACAAACCAAGAGAUUUUAAAGAAUGUGGAGUCUUCCAGAAAUGUUCAGCCACAUUUCCUAGAAUUUUUGCUCUCCCUGGGCUGGUCAGUAGAUGUGGGGAGACACCCCGGUUGGACGGGACAUGUGUCCACCAGUUGGUCAAUUAAUAGUUGUGAUGAUGGUGAAGGGUCUGAACAAGAUGAAGUAACUUCCUCUGAAGACGUUGGGGCUAGCAUUUUCAAUGGGCAGAAGAAGGUGCUGUAUUAUGCUGAUGCCCUAACGGAAAUAGCUUUUGUGGUUCCUUCUCCUGUGGAGUCAUUGACUGAUUCAUUGGAAAGUAACAUCUCAGACCAAGAUAGUGACUCAAAUAUGGAUCUUAUGCCGGGAAUUCUGAAGCAGCCACCCCUGACGCUUGAGUUGGUCCCCAAUCACACAGACAGUCUUAAUUCCUCACAGAGGCUCAGUCCCAGUUCCAGAAUGAAGAAGGUGCCUCAGGGUCGCCCUGUGCCCCCCCUCGGACCUGAGACAAGAGUGUCUGUAGUCUGGGUGGAACGCUAUGAUGAUAUAGAAAACUUUCCGCUCUCAGAUCUGAUGACAGAGAUCAGCACUGGUGUGGAAACUACUGCAAAUAGUAGCACUUCUCUGAGAUCUACAACUCUUGAAAAAGAAGUCCCAGUAAUCUUCAUUCAUCCUUUAAACACUGGAUUGUUCCGGAUAAAAAUCCAAGGAGCCACUGGAAAAUUUAACAUGGUCAUACCUCUGGUUGAUGGGAUGAUAGUCAGCCGGCGAGCACUGGGCUUUCUGGUGAGGCAGACAGUAAUAAACAUUUGUAGAAGAAAGAGACUGGAGAGUGAUUCCUACAGUCCACCUCAUGUCCGUCGGAAACAGAAAAUCACUGACAUUGUCAACAAGUAUCGGAAUAAGCAGUUGGAGCCAGAGUUUUAUACUGCCCUUUUCCAGGAGGUUGGACUCAAGAACUGCAGUUCUUAGAAGGCAGUUUGCCCAGGUCAGUGAACUCCAGAGUGGGCUCUAACAUCAAGCAAGACAGUCCUGUAAAA